UCUGUCCCUAUCCCAUCAGACUGCAAAAGUUCAGCAACCCGACCGCAAGUGUGCCUUUGGGAGCGGCAAACUGGUGUUUCCCAAACUUUCGAACGUUUGCCUGCGGAGUAGCAAUGUUCGGCUUGACUCGCGUUUCCCCAGCUGCCACCGCCGCCGCUGCCAUUUCGACGACAGUCGCUGCUGCCGCCGGCGGUAGCUCUGCGCACUGCAGCACUCCUUACGGCCUACUUCACCAAAGACAAACCAUCGCCUCCGUCAUUUCGCCCUGUCAAGCGGCUUCAAAUUGCUUCAUUCAAGUUCCUUCCUCAUCUCUGCAAUCGAAGUCCUUUGCGCUGAAAGCCAUGAGCGAGUCUCAAACUGUUGCGGUGCUGAAUAAGGAGGCCCAGUCUUCAUAUCCUUCUGGCCAAAAGCAGGUUCUGAUAUCUUUAUCGGAUAAGAAAGACUUGGCUUUUCUUGGUAACGGGCUACAGAGUUUAGGGUACACAAUUGUAUCAACAGGAGGUACAGCUUCUGCUUUGGAAAGUGCUGGGGUGUCGGUAACUAAAGUGGAGAAGCUGACCCACUUCCCUGAAAUGCUUGAUGGACGUGUGAAAACAUUACACCCCAACAUACAUGGUGGUAUUCUUGCUAGAAGGGAUCAAAAACAUCAUAUGGAAGAUCUUAGUUCUCAUGGAAUUGGUACUUUUGAUAUUGUGGUGGUGAACUUAUACCCAUUCUAUGAUAAAGUUACCGCAACUGGAGGAAUCAAAUUUGAGGAUGGAAUUGAGAACAUUGAUAUUGGUGGCCCUGCUAUGAUACGAGCAGCUGCUAAGAAUCAUAAAGAUGUCUUGGUCGUCGUAGACUCAGAAGACUAUCCUGAACUGCUUGAGUUUCUCAAGACAAGCCAAGAUGAUCAACAAUUCCGUAGAAAGCUUGCCUGGAAGGCCUUCCAACACGUUGCUUCUUAUGAUUCUGCAGUUUCUGAGUGGCUUUGGAAGCAAACUAAUGGAGAAGAUAAAUUUCCACACAGUUUCACAGUUCCCCUGUCACUUAAGAGCUCUCUCCGAUAUGGUGAAAACCCACACCAGAAGGCUGCAUUUUAUGUUGACAAGAGUAUUUCAGAGGUCAAGGCCGGUGGCAUUGCAACUGCUAUUCAACACCAUGGCAAGGAAAUGUCAUACAACAACUAUUUAGAUGCAGAUGCAGCUUGGAAUUGUGUUUCUGAGUUUCAGAGCCCUACAUGCGUUGUUGUAAAGCACACAAAUCCUUGUGGGGUGGCUUCUCGUAGUGACAUCCUGGAAGCAUACAGGCUCGCUGUAAAGGCAGAUCCAGUUAGUGCAUUUGGUGGUAUUGUUGCUUUCAACACUGAAGUGGAUGAGACUCUUGCUAGGGAAAUCAGGGAGUUUAGAAGCCCUACCGAUGGCGAGACAAGAAUGUUCUAUGAGAUAGUGGUGGCUCCAAAGUAUACAGAAAAGGGGCUUGAGACCCUUCGUGGGAAGUCAAAGACAUUGAGGAUCCUCGAGGCAAGAAAGAAUGAGAAAGGGAAGCUUUCUCUAAGACAGGUUGGCGGUGGGUGGUUGGCCCAAGAAUCAGAUGACUUGACCCCAGAAGAUAUCCAGUUCAAGGCCGUGGCUGAGAAGUCAGCAGAUGAAAGUGCACUUAGUGAUGCAAAGUUUGCAUGGCUUUGUGUGAAACACGUAAAGAGCAAUGCAAUUGUCAUCGCAAAGGAUAACUGCAUGCUAGGCAUGGGAAGUGGGCAGCCGAAUCGUGUGGAAAGCUUGAGAAUUGCAAUGAGAAAGGCAGGAGAUGAGGUGAAAGGAGCUGCAUUGGCUAGUGAUGCCUUCUUCCCAUUCGCUUGGAAUGAUGCUGUGGAAGAAGCAUGCCAAGCUGGAAUUGGUGUUAUAGCAGAGCCAGGUGGUAGCAUCAGAGAUCAGGAUGCCAUAGACUGCUGCAACAAGUACGGAGUUGCAUUACUGUUUACCAACGUUAGGCAUUUUAGGCACUGAAGCGUCCUUUGAGUUCCGACUCUUGAUCAGCCCAGUCAUCGGCCUUGAAUCACUGUCCAACUUUGUUUGGCUCUCAAUGUUGUGUAGAGUUACACUUGGAGUAUUUAGAAACGUGUAGUCGGUGAGAGAGUGCUGAUUUUUCAUUUUCUGUAGGACGAGAGCAAUAGGUUGCCUUGGUACACAAUGCUUUGUUUAAGCUAAGAUUAAUAUUUGAAAGGGACUUUGACAUGGUUCAACAUAGAUUUACAAGGACUAUUUUCCUUUUGCUCUGCAAUAAACCAUUCAUAAAUGACGAACACUGAUUCCUGCCUGUACAAAACUAGUAAGAGAAACGGUUUGCUAUUUUCAGCCGUCCGCUUCUCUCACGUAUCCCGCCUACCUUCUUCUACGAAGAUGAC